UAAUUAUUUUCUCAUAUAUUAACAUAUAUCUAACGAUAUCGAAAUAAUUUAAAAUUACUUUACUGAUGUGCUAAUGCGUAACGAUCUGUUCAAAAAAGAGAUCUCAUCUAAAGUGACAUAAUGUGUCUUUUUUUUCAUCUAUCACGGAGAACUAGGUUGGCUCGUGAUAUUUUGCGAUCUUGGACAAUAUUUCAGCGAAAUAAAUCAUGCGAUAAUAAACAAUCCAAGCCGCAAUCUAAGCGGUGGCGUAAUAAAGCAGCAGUAAUCCUGUAAGUCUUCGUGGGGUAUGCAUUUAAUAGCGAGCAUAUAAAUUUAAUAGCGAGACGGCAUAGCGUGUUAGCUUCAUUUAUAUUGAAUAGAGUAUUGCCAUUAUCCAAGACAAUGAACAACGGCGUGAUCUGGAGCAAAGCGCAACAAACUUUUGUACCAAUUUCCAGCAUACCAGUUUAUGCCAAGUUGCAACAGGAACGCUUCGAACAGAGUCGAGCGCUUGAGACACACAAUUUUCAAUUACAGAACUUGACACUGACAGCUUUCGAGGAGCCGCAUUUCCUUGAUUUUCACAAUAAUAAUACGAAGAUUUCAGGAUUGUACGGAGCAGUAUGGAAUUUGCUUUCCGAAUCAUUGAACUUUACAUUGCAGCCAGUGAGAGUAAAUGUGAAUAGUUUAGGUGCGCCAGAUAGAAACUCCAGUGUUCUUACUUUUAAAACUGGAUUAUUAGGUAUUAUUUCUCGUAACGAAACUGUUAUAAUACCAAAGAUCGAAAUGUAUGAACCGCGACUUGCCGCUUGCGAUUUCGUGAUGCCUUUUUGGCUCAACAGGUUUUAUUUAUAUACCCGCUCUACAAUAGUGCAUGAUGACACAUGGAUGGUGAAGAUUUUCUCUUGGCAAGUAUGGGUCACCGUACUACUGAUGCAUGUGUUACUGAGCGUAUGCAUCUUCUUGGCGGAAAACAUUCUCAUACGAACAUACGGAACUAAAUGGAACUAUAGACCUUUCAGAGACUUCUUAUUUUAUAGCUAUAGAAAUCUCUGCAAUCAAAGCAUCAUUCCUGAUUAUUUUGGAAGAUCAAAAAUGUUAGAAGUGUCUUCAGGCCUGUUUUCUUAUGUUAUGUACACGGCAUAUAGUGCUCUAUUAUUUACUUACAUAACAAGAAGAGUUUCCAUACCGCCAUUCGACAGUCUCGAUUCCUUGACAACUAAAACUAAUUACAAAAUUGUUACUUUGAAGGGUUCCGUUGGAGAUAUUGCAUUUAGCAAGGUAAACUUUUCUUCAACGUUUGUACAAAUAAGAACGUCAGAACGCUUAGCAAUAGCAUCAACGACGAAGGAAAUGCAUACACUGGUAUGUUCCUCGCAAAAUGAGAAAUAUGCUAUAUAUCAAGGACAAGACGAGUAUCUAACAACAGGGAGUAUCAUAUGCUACUUGAUGCCGAUUGGAGAAGCUUGUUCUAGCAUUUGGAUGGGUUCCGGCAUCGUAAAGAAUUUCAAAUACAAAAGAACGAUGGAUUUGGGGAUACUCAAAUUAAGGGAAGUUGGACUGUUACGCGCAAUAGGCAAUCAUUGGCGGGACCAAAAAGCUACAUUUAAUUUCGAAGAUAUACAGUAUCAGAUUGAGAUGCAGCAAGUUUCUUUAGUAAUUGCACUGGCAUGCAUCGGGGUGAUGAUUGCUCUCAUUAUCUUCAUGAUUGAAAAUAUCGUGUUUAUUUAUAAAAUCAGGCAUUCCAGAUUAUUUUUAUCAUGAUGAUGAACGUAUGGUGUAAAGAGAGAAGAAAAGGAGAAAGUUUACUUGCUCAAGUAGAAUGAGCGCGGGUUAAGUAAAUACAAAAAAAUAUAUAUAUAAAACUUUAAGAACAUUAAUGUGUGUAGUUUGCUAAAAUAGUAUUAUUAUUUAUAAUAAUAUAUAAUAAU